AAUAAAUAAAUAAAGCAAAGAUACAAAACAUUUGAAUCUUUGAUACUACACACAACAAGCAGCAAAAUUGGAAGCAAUUCAGUCUCGCUGCGAACCCUAGCUAUAGCACCAUCUUCGUUCUUCAACUCAUCUAUGUGUUUAUUAACUAACUAACUAAAAGACGUUGCCCCAACAACUCAGAAGUUCAUAUCAGAGUGUACAGAAAAGGUGAAUUGCUUGGCUGUUGAAAUCGUGUGUGAUUUUCAUGGUGUAGUCACUGCUAUGCAAAAAUAUCUUGUGGAUUCCUUAUAUAUAAAUCAAAAAAAAAAGAAAAGAAUGGGCAGAGCGGCAGCAGGGACAAAUGGAGGAGACUUGAAGAAAAAGUGUUUGAUGAUGGAUGAUAACACGGUUGAAUGGCUAAAUCUUCCUCGAGAAUUAUGGUUAGAUAUCAUAUCCAAAAAAUUGAAUACAUUUGAUAUUCUUCGAUUCCGCAGUGUCUGCACUUUAUGGCGCUCUAUUCUUCCCCCUCCUUUUCCAUCUCCUUCUCAUACACUUCGCAUUCAAGAUGGUAAGUUUUUGCUACUCACCGAAACUAAAAUAUAUCGCCUACAACCAUUAUUGCCAACUUGCUCUUCUAAUAAAGGGUGGAUCAUAAAGGUUGAAAAAUCGAAAUCUGGCAAAUUUCGUCACUUAGAUGUUUUGACCAACACUCAGAUCUCACACACAUUCCCAUCUAAUGUGUUAGAUUUCAUGAACUUACGAGUUAGGGAAUUGUUUCAAACAUAUACUCUCAAUUUUUCUAGUGAUGGAGGUAAAUUUAAUACAUUUGAGCCCCUUGAUGAUGUUUAUAAAGUAGUGUUGUUCUCUGAUGAGGGUCUUGGUCAGAUGGUCUUUACCCUGCGUAAAGAUAGAAAAUUACGUGUUUCCAAUAUUGGAUAUAACAAUUUCAUUAUAGUGGAUGAUGGGAAUAGAAUCUAUCAUGAUAUAAUCCUUUAUAUGGGGAAGGUUUAUGUUGUGGAUAAAAGCGGAAUCAUUUUCUGGAUCGAUUGUUCAUCCUUUAAGUUGGUUCAGUCCUCACCCUCGUUAAAUAACGAUGGUAAAAGUAAGUAUUUGGUGGAGUCAAGUGGAAGUCUUUUUGUGGUUGAAUUGUAUUUUAAAAGAACUGGAGUGAAUACCAGAAAAUUAGGCAUUGAUAUCAGUGUUCUAAAGGUUGAUGAAGAAUCAAAUAGAUGGCUUCGUGUAACAGACUUGGGCGAUGUUCUGUUUGUUUUGAGUAAAGACUUAAAUUUUUCAUUGUCUGCUAAUGAUUAUUAUGGUUUUGAAGGAAAUUGCAUCUACAGCAGUGCUAAGGGCAGGACUUCUCGUUUCAGCUUGAAUAAUUCAGAAGUUAAAUUUGUUGAUCACAUUUUUUGGCCUUUCCCAACCUUGUUCAAUUCUGAUAGUGUAUCAUUUCAUAUCCAAUAAGUAUUGAGUGUGUGCUACAUAUCAUGAACCCAAGUGAAUUCUCAACCAAUGAUAUUCAAGUUUUUAUUAUUUGGAUUUGGAUUUAUGGUAUGAACUUAUUAGAUUUUAUAAAAUCGACUUAUAAGGUGAUGAAUGUCUCUUUUUAUAUCAACUCUAUUUUUUUUUUCCCCAAUAAAUUUAGGAAAUGUAUUAUGUACGUCACCCAAUUACUGGGCUCAUUUUUGUUUCAUUUUUGUGUGGUUAUGCAGCACGAGUAAUAAUAUAGGUGGGUCUUGGAGUUGGAGGUAUCAUCCCUUCAUCUAAGAACUUGAAACCUCACCAAAAUUCAGAGGUUCGUCGUGUUGGCAGAACGAACAAGCUUAGAAUAGGUUCAAUUAGAGAUGUCAUCUGGUGACAGAAGUAAAUUUCAUCUUUAAUUUUUCCAUUGCUAAUUUUUGUGUCAAUAGGGUUUUAAUUUUUCAAUUCCAUUUUGUAUAAGAUAUUUUAACGUUUUCUAAUCAACCUUUUUUUGGGAAAUAUUAUUUUGUGAUUAACCUGAAACCUUAGUGCUUUGAUACCAACAAGUAUAGAGUUUAUCAUGGUAAUUCUUGCCGAUAUUUUAUAACUUGAAAUAUUAUUUUAUAACUAUUAAUUCUAUAAUUUGAUUUAUUUUAGUCAUUUUAAUACGAUAAAUACCACAUGAAACAUACAACACAAAUGGAAGAUCACAUGUUUGAAGUUUGAAUGCCACGAAUAUCUAUCCUAAUAAUUUCAGCAUUUGUUAAUUGAGUUAAGAUUUAUGGAAUCAUGCUAUACAUAACUGUGAAGUACAUAAAUUCAGAAUAGAUAUAACUGACUAAGAACAGAAACAGCUUACCUAAUAAUCACCAACAAAAAUCAGCACAUUCAAGAGUCCUUUCAUAUUUGUUUUGGUUUGUGCCAUGUGCUAAUGCCAUGAGUCCCAAUGAUAGCAAAAGAGAGAGAGAGAGAGAGAGAGAGAGAGAGAGAGAGAGAGAGAGAGAGAGAGAGAGAGAGAGAGAGAGAGAGAGAGAGAGAGAGAGAGAGAGAGAGAGAGGUGCAAAUAGCAGUUAAAAUGGGGUGAGAGGAUAAGAAGGCAGCCACGUAAUGUGCAUGUAAAUCACUCACUAACUUAUGAAUGAUGCAUUACUGAGGAUAAUCCAACGGCCACAACUUUUUGUUCCUAGAGAUAGACAUAUUGAUUGAUAUUGUAGACUAGAUUUUUGUGUAGCAAAAAAGUAACAGAAGCAUAUAUCAUGUACUCUUGGUGAGUGAAGAAGUGAAGAUGAGUAAUUUUGUUGGAAUAAGGUUACCAGUUGUGGCAUGUUAUUGUUGUUGUGCCACACCAAAUCCUCAUCACCCUCCUCGUACUAUUGUUGCUUCCUCUUCUUCUCUGCUAAACAGGAAAUUUAAGAAUGUUCCUCGUCGCAUGUUAUUAGGCUUUGGAGCAUCUUCAUUAACAUUCUCUCACUUUAUGUCUACUUCUUCUGGUGUCAAGUCCUUCAUUGCCUCAGCUAGAAUAACCUCUGGUCCCUCCGUCGAUCAGAUACUCAAGAAUGUGGAAUGGCCAGAGCAAUUCCCCUUUAAGGACGAGGAUUUUCAACGCUUUGAUGAGUCAUCAGAUUCUACAUUCUAUGAAGCACCUCGAUUCGUAACACACAUUGAUGACCCUGCAAUUGCUGCUCUAACUAAGUAUUACUCCAAGGUUUUUCCACCUAGCAACACUCCUGGAGUAAGCAUUUUGGAUAUGUGUAGUAGUUGGGUCAGCCAUUUUCCGUCUGGAUACAAGCAAGAACGAGUCGUAGGAUUAGGCAUGAAUGAAGAAGAACUCAAAAGGAACCCUGUCCUCACGGAGUAUGCUGUACAAGACUUAAAUGUGAACCCUAAACUUCCAUUUGAGGAUAACUCUUUCGACGUCAUCACUAAUGUGGUUAGUGUUGAUUACCUAACAAAGCCUCUUGAUAUUUUCAAGGAGAUGAGCAGGAUACUCAAACCAGGUGGAUUGGCCAUAAUGAGCUUUUCGAACCGAUGCUUCUGGACAAAAGCCAUUUCUAUAUGGACAUCAACCGGGGAUGCUGAUCAUGUUAUGAUUGUUGGAUCCUAUUUUCAUUAUGCAGGAGGAUUUGAACCUCCUCAGGCUGUGGAUAUAUCUCCAAAUCCUGGACGCUCGGAUCCCAUGUACGUUGUGUACUCGAGGAAGCUUCCUACCGCUUAAGAGAAAUAUAUAAAAUGAGAAUUUGUAGCAGGUGUAUUUACCUAUCAGAAGUUACUUUGAUGGAGAAUUUGUUCAUAUUGUAUGCCAAUAUUUUUAUAUUUUUAAUGUUAUAGCAUUGUUUCA